UCAACCUGUGACUGAGAGAUUCUUGUGGGGUUUGGGGGUGUCAAAAAUUUUCUGCUCUUGGUUGCCGGCUUUACAUAAAUUAUUGAUUUAUAGGGUAUUCUAUAGUCUAGUUUUCUGAUACUUUGCCCCGUAUUUAAUGGCGAAACCGGUUUCACGGCCAUUUAGUUUGUGACAUUUAGGCUUUCUGUAAGAUUUUGAUGUAUAAAACCUAACUGGGGGUGCUAGGCAUGAGAUCUUGCAUUGGAUGGCGUCGUUUACUCUUUCUUACUCCUUUAGUUUUUAUUGUUCUUCAUCUAUUAUCUGUAUCGGAAUUGCACAGAGAUGCAAGUAGAGAUGAUCUGCCUAAUAAACGCAACAAAAAAUUCGAUCAUCUGGUUAUUGGACCUGCUGCUGGACAAGGCUUGCCGAAUCGGCUGCAAUGCCAAGGUACCAAAGCUCUCAACAAAACUCACUUGCCCUCUUCUAAUUUAUCCUAUAAGGGAGAUAGUGUAGCCUUCGUCACGGUCUUCACCGUUUAUAACACUUCGCUUGAUAGUCAUCCUGAUGGUAGAUCUGUGAACUUGAUUAAGGUUGGGAAUGCUUCAUACAGUAAGACAGAGAGGUCGAUGGCCAUUUUGAAUGUCUUCAUUAACUUCAUUCAGAAAUCAAUGCCUCAAAGCAACGUUAUCAUAUUAACUGAUCCGGCAUCAGAUCUCUCAAUUCGCAGAAACAGGGUGACUGUAAUGCCCAUUAAGGGUGAAUAUUCACGAGACAAGUUGAUGCUUCAGAGAAUCAGGUCUUACAUUACCUUUCUUGAGAUGAAGCUUGAGGAGCACUCUAAAAGGCAGGAGCAUAUAACCAAUUAUAUUUUCAGCGACUCAGAUAUAUCCGUGGUUGAUGACCUGGGACAGAUAUUUUACAAAUAUCCGAAUUUUCAUUUGGCUCUCACCUUCAGGAACAACAAAGAUCAACCUCUAAAUUCAGGAUUUAUAGCAAUAAGGGGCACGCCUGACGGAAUUUUAAGGGCAAAGAAUUUUCUUCAAGAAGUAUUAAGAGCUUACACUUCCAAGUACAUGACAGCUUCCCGUAUGCUUGGAGAUCAGUUAGCUCUUACCUGGGUUGUCAAGUCCAAUCCUUCUUUUGAUGGAAAGAGAUUUACUAAGCCAGAGCCCUUCCUAGAUGAAAUUGCUGGUGCUUCAGUGCUGUUUUUACCAUGUGCAAAAUAUAACUGGACACCCCCUGAGGGUGCAGGCCAGUUUCAUGGGAUGCCCUUGGAUGUUAAGGUUGUUCAUUUUAAGGGAUCAAGGAAACGCCUAAUGCUUGAGUCCUGGAAUUUCUUCAACUCUACUUCCAACAUUUCAGAUAUGUUGUGCCUAAUUUUAAAGAGUGGAAGAACAAAAUAUGAUUUCUGAAUACGGGAUAUAGCUCAGCAAGCACCGUAUACACUCCCAAGUAUGUUCUUGAUUCAUUUUAAAGGAACAAGGUGGAGAGAAAUUUCUCUGAUUCGACGAGCUUAGCCUGCUCUAAUUGAAGUUGAUUGAUAUGAAAGCUCAUGCGCCCACCUUUUGAUACAAGUUGGAUACAUCUGGUGGAAGUAGGAAGAUAGAGAUGAAUGAAUUCAUGUAAUUUGAUUACUUUGAACAAUAUAGAGGAUUCUGACCGGAUCUCUUAAUGCUACGAAUCAACAUUCGGUCUGUUUUUUUUUUUUUGUUUUUUUCCUUUUCUUUUUUCAAUUAACUCUUACUUGUCCAUGAGUUCAGUUCAGGUUCAAUUAACUCUUGCAUGAUCUCAAGGGAAA